UUGCAAACUUUAUGAGAUGCAAAGCUGUGUUAAUGUUUACGGAACAUCAAGCAAUGAAGUAUAUUGACCUAGUCUUCUUGUUUCUAUUGAACGACCUCUCAGUGGAAGCUGAUGUUGAUAUAAUUGUGAAGUCACCAGUAAUAUACGGCAAGGACAGCAUGACUGUAUUCUGCAAGCCACAGGAAGCAUUGAAGAGGAGCAUAAAAAGUAUCAAUAUGAUACGAGUGUAUGUUGAGCACGACGGUGACAAGCUGGGGUCAGUGCAAUCGAAAUUGUCAAGAAUAGUCAAAUAUGCUCCAUAUGGAGGCGACGAUAUUCAGAUGGGACCCGCGAAGACAGAGAGAUAUAACAUUACAGGUGAUAUCAGCUCAGUAGACACUGCAUUUAUUGGGGUAAAUGUAAAAAGCGAGGAUGUCAUUUGCUCAGAUAGUAGGUUAUUUCGGUGCGAGAUGGAUUUUAUUUUCAAGAAUGGAACAAAGGCAAAUACUUUUGCGGAUGCAGCAACAUGUGUAAAAGGACCUUGUAAAAAGUGCGGGAUCGGAAUUCAAAAUCUAGAGGCAGGAAGUGGCCUAUCCGAUGAAGAAAAGAUGAUGGAGACAAUGAAAGAUUACCUGCUACCGGUAGGCGGAGUCCUCGCAAUCGUCGGUACCUUGGCAUUGGUGGUUGGCAUUGUUCUUACAGUUAAAUAUAUGUCAAUUCGAAAGAAGACAGCACGGACAAAUGUAAAAGCAGGACCCUUUUCCGUUGAAAAUUCGCAUUACGCAGAAGCAGAUGAUUUGAACAGGAUGAGCGUGGGGUAUAUUUCAACAAUGCAGAGAGCAAGAGAUGAAAACAUGUACUCCACUCUUCAAUGUUGACAUGUAUAAAAGUGCACAUCGCAUAGUGUCAUCUACUCAGUUAAUUUAUUCAUAGAAUAAUGAUAAUAAAACAAAUACAACACUUCUA